AUGGGAAUUCCUGGGAAUCCAUGGAAACCUGUGGGAACCACGGGAAACCUGCAGGAAAUCCCAGGAAUCCACGGGAAAUCCUGGGAAACCCCCAGGAAUCCAUGGGAAAUCCCAGGAAACCCACGGGGAAUCCAUGGGAAAUCCAUGGGAAUCCAUGGGAACACGGGAAUCCACGGGAAACCCCAGGAAUUCCUGGGAAACCAUGGGAAACCCGCGGGAAUCCAUGGGAAUCCAUGGGAAACCCAAGGAAUCCACGGGAAACCUGCAGGGAAUCCAUGGGAAUUCCUGGGAAUCCAUGGGAAACCCCAGGAAUCCAUGGGAAACCACGGGAAACCCACAGGAAUCCACGGGAAAUCCAUGCGAAUCCAUGGGAAUUCAUGGGAAACCCCCAGGAAUCCAUGGGAAUCCAUGGAAACCUGCAGGAAAUCCAUGGGGACCCCCAGGAAAUCCCAGGAAUCCAUGGGAAACCCACAGGAAAUCCCGGGAAUCCACAGGUAUCUGCAGGAAUCCAUGGGAACCCGUGGGAACCACGGGAAACCUGCAGGAAAUUCCUGGGAAACCCACGGGAAAUCCUGGGAACCCUCAGGAAUCCAUGGGAAACCCACAGGAAAUCCUGGGAAACCCAUGGGAAUCCACGGAAAUCCAUGGGAACCCCCAGAAAAUCCUGGCAAUCCACGGGAAACCCUCAGGAAUCCGCGGGAAUCCCGCAGGAAUCCCGCCCCCGUCCCCACCAGGAACUCCAGACCCCGCUCCCAACCCCACAGAACCUCCGGUACUCCACGGGCGCUCCAAAACGGCCCCAAAACCUACGGGAACGGCCCCAAAAUGGGCAGGAACGGCCCCAAAACCUACGGGAACGGCCCCAAAAUGGGCAGGAACGGCCCCAAAACCAAUGGGAAUGGUCCCAAAACCUACGGGAAUGGCCCCAAAAUGGUCCCGGAAUGGCCCCAAAAUGGUCCUGGAAUGGCUCCAAAAUGGGUGGGAACGGCCCCAAAAUGGGUGGGAACGGCCCCAAAACCUACCGGAAUGGUCCUGGAAUGGCCCCAAAAUGGGCAGGAAUGGCCCCAAAACAGUGGGAAUGGCCCCAAAACAGUGGGAAUGGCCCCAAAAUGGUCCUGGAAUGGCCCCAAAAUGGUCCCGGAAUGGCCCCAAAAUGGGUGGGAAUGGCCCCGAAAUGGGCGGGAUUGGCCCCAAAAUGGGUGGGAACGGCCCCAAAACCUACGGGAAUGGCCCCGGAAUGGCCCCAAAACGGCCCCGGAAUGGUGGAAACAAUCCCAAAAUGUCAGGAACGGCCCCAAAAUGGGCAUUUUUGGGGCGGAGAAGGAAAAAGGGGAAUUCCCGAGGUUUUGGGGAACGGCGGCUCCCGGUGUUCCCACGGUGACGAUGACAUCGAUGACGAUGGUGACGUCAGUGAUGAUGAAGGUGACAGUGACAACGGUGACAAUGAGGACAGUGGUGACCAAUGAUGAUGGUGACAAUGACAGUGACAAUGGGGACAAUGAGGAAGAUGGCGGUGAAGAUGAUGAUGACCAAUGA